CUUAACACCGGCAGGUCCACUGCAUGUAAAUACAAUUGUGAUCACAAACAUCACAUAAACAAACUGAUGGUUGAAGUAACACAGACUAUAGGGUUAAGUGUGACAGUGUUAUGUGUCUCCAUCUGGACAUGGACAUCUUAAUAUGUGGAGAAUGUCUUCAUAUAGCUAAAGAACUGAACUGAAGUGCGUGAGUGUGGUGCAUCAUGUUAAAAGAGCAGGAGCGCUGCUUCAUGUGCCGUCACUGAGCUUCAUCUUCUCCUUCAUGAGCUUCAUUACACCUGCAAUUCUGAAAUGAUUAAACCUAUUGAUUGUCAGAGUAAUGUAUUCUGACACAAAUAUCCCGGACUCUUUUGUGCGGGUUUUGUGUGUGUGUGUGUGUGUGUGUGUCUGCGUGCGCUUGUUUUCUGGUAAAGACACUCCCCUCGGUGUAUUUUCUCCACAGCGAGAUACGCGACACUCGCCGUUCGGUGAGCCAAUCAGAGCGCGAGCGCUUUUAAAGGGCCGUUAAGAGCGCACGCGACCGUUUUAAAGUCUGUCUCAGUUUCCUGCAUUGUGGACCAUGACACUUUGGACGUGCUAGUCUUGGGCUGGAUCUAAUUUCUUUCGAAGAAGAAUGGAGUGAGUGAAUUUCAAGCAUCACGACUUCGGCUUUGCUGCUCCUCUCCUCCAGAGUGUUGCACUUGUUGCGCUUCCUCCGUCUCCAUCUAACGGACUAGCACUCACCCAUCCAGGGAAGGGGCUUCGCAACAGGUUCACAUUUCUCCCAUCGCAGAGGUGUAAGGUGUAUGUUUUUAGGGCUCUUGAUCCGAAAUCCGAGACGCAUUUAAAGAAAAGGCGAUCGUGUCCCGAUUACGAUGCCCGUGUUGACGAGUCCAGAGAUCGCCAAGAAGUUCAAGGAGAAAUGGAUGCUGCUGCAUCCGGAGGAUCAGGAGGACGCGGGCGGCGCUGUGAGCUUUGAUGACAGUCUCACGAGCCUGCACUGGCUGCAGAACUUCUCCAUCAUGAGCGCGGCUCCGGACAGAGCGCCCGGUUUCGGCUGGCGACCGCAGCAGCUUCUGCACCCACCGGGUGGCACUGAGUCUCCCUCCAGCCCUCCUGCAGGUGACACGGCCGCCUCGGGCACCGCACACACUCCCGGAAACCCCGCCGCCUCCUGCAGCAAGCUGGCCGGAGCGAGCACCUACACGCCGCUGUACGGGCACAGCGGAGCUCAGCCGCAUGAGGAGGUCGAUUAUAAAAGCAACCCGCAUGUGAAACCGCCAUACUCAUACGCCACGCUCAUCUGCAUGGCCAUGCAAGCCAGCAAGAAGACCAAAAUCACCCUGUCCGCCAUCUACAGCUGGAUCACCGAGAACUUCUGCUACUACAGACAUGCCGAGCCCAGCUGGCAGAAUUCAAUUCGCCACAACCUGUCUCUGAACAAGUGCUUUAUGAAGGUCCCCAGGCAGAAGGACGAGCCGGGAAAGGGAGGCUUCUGGCAAAUCGAUCCCCAGUAUGCAGACAUGUUUGUGAAUGGGGUCUUCAAAAGAAGACGAAUGCCUGCCACAAAUUUCAGCACCCAGAGACAAAACAGAAUUCUGUCCUCUUGCUCCCCUUACAGCCCUCAGUUCAACCCACACACGGGCAUGGAUCACUACCAAGAACAUGUAGCAGGAAACAAGCGCAAACAGGCCUGUCCCAAACGAGGGGGCAAGCUGGGGAGAAUGUCCCAGUCCCCCUUGUUAGCGAGCGAGAUCAAAACAUCAGAUGUGCUCCGAGGAGAUUUUGACCUGGCCUCAGUGUUUGAUGAUGUCCUCAGUGGAAAUGGCAGCACGUUUGAGGACCUGGACAUCAACACUGCUCUGAGUUCCCUCGGCUGUGAGAUGGAAGUGCCCUCGCAGAACCAGCAUGCGUCCACUGUGUCCAAAUGGUACAGCAACGAGGACGAGCAAGCUUGUGCUUACUUGGAAAUGAGCAGCAUGAUGGGAUGUAGCAUGGAAGACUUUCAGCGCCAGCAGCAGCCGCAGCAACAGCAGUUACAGACCCAUCAGCAAUAUUAUGAGGGACUGGCACUGUUUUCAGACCUGCCUCAACAGCAGCAACCCUGGGAGGUUAAAGAGGAGGCCCAGGCCAUUCCUCUGUCUCUGGAUCAGGGCUACGGGCUGUGUGAAGGAUUUUUUUCUGAGAUGCCUAUGUGGGAGAGGGGAGAGGUGUUUCUCUGAACCCAUGCACUCUCACUGCUGGUCUACUGGCCUGCUGACUUUUGUUUUGCUACAUUAGCAUAAUGAAUUGUUCAAGAAAUACUGUGUAAUUAUACUUUUUAAUUUCUUUGGAUUUUUCCCUGAGUAUCUAUGCUAAAACGUUGAUAAUUAUCCUUAUUCUUUUUGAAGACUUUUAAAUCAUGGUUGGAUUCAGUAACACGCUAAUGACUACUGUGGAACAUAUCAAAUUAGUGGCAAAUUUUGCGUAGAUAAAUCAAGUUAAAUCUAUAUUAAUUUUAGUUCACUUGAUAUUUAGAUAGGGUCAUAAUAUGAAUAGGUGAUAUUUUUACAUCUUUAAAUAAAUAAAUAAAAAUCAGAUAUUGGAUGGGAAGGGGAUGCAACAAGCCAAGGUGCUUUGCAGAAAUAUUUUCAGAAAUCCAGCACAAGCACUUUGAGUCAGUGUUUCAGUUUUAUUCCUAUAUAUCAACCUUGUAAUUUAUUUGAUAAAAUGUGAGAAAAUGUGGUUUUGUUCUUUCUUUCUUUUUACAAUUCCUUUCUUUUUUACAUAAGCUGUUUUAAAAUGCCAUUGUCCUGAUUUUUUUAAUUAAUUGUUAGGAGCAAUAUCAUGUUAAGGCAAGGACUGUUUUAGAUUUGUAUUUGUAUCGAGUUACCUAACAUGCAACUUGAAUCUAAUUAUAUUGUGUACUUGAAUAAAAGGAUCAACAA